UGCUAGCAACUAGUUCUUAAUCUGUGGCUGGUGCCGUCACCUACGAAUUGCUAAAAAAUUUGCUAUGAAAGUUAUGAAAUGUUUUUAUUUUGAGCACGUUCUGUUACCAUAUUUGUCACCUCCAACUGCGAAAUGAAGUGUUUCCGCGAUAUUGAAUAUUGAGUGUAUUCUGUGGACUGUCCGACUUAAUAUAAAUUGUGAAUUUCUAAAGAGCAAAUACAAUUGGAAGACUGCAAGUGUUUUGUAAUUAAAUUGCACGCCCACAUCCUAAGUUUUGGGUGGUGCUGUAGUGAUGAUAGAGUUACUAAAUUCUUGAUUUAUCUUGAUUGAGAUAAGUGCAGUAAAAUGUCUCUACAAAAAAGUGUAAAGAGUGUUGGUGGAGACCAAGACACUACUUCAAUAUGUUCUUCCGUCACUACGCAGCCAGACAGACAUGGUUUCUUCGGCGGAGCUCAAUAUAGUCCUGAACCAAAACGGACUGUAUCGCCAAGCACAAUACUGAAGCGGGAACAGAAAUGGCUGCGAAUGCUGAACAACUGGGAGGCGUUCAUGAGCAGGAAUUAUAAGAAAGUACGAGAGAGGUGUCGGAAAGGUAUACCAGCGUCAGUGCGACCAAAAGCAUGGCUAUACCUCUGCGGUGGCCAAUUGCUAUUGGAGAAACAUCCGAACGAGUACGAGGAGUUGUUGCAAGCGCCUGGAGAUCCGAAGUGCAUGGAGGACAUUAGGAAGGAUCUGCACAGGCAGUUCCCCUACCACGAGAUGUUUAUACGUGAGGAGGGGCUCGGGCAACAAGAGCUGUUCUCGGUGCUGAAAGCGUAUUCAGUACUGAAUCCGAAGGUGGGCUACUUCCAAGCGCAGGCGCCGGUGGCCGCGUUCCUCUUGAUGCACAUGCCGUCCGUGCAGGCCUUCUGGUGUCUAGUCAGCAUCAGUGAUAAGUACCUCAGUGGGUACUACAAUCCUGGCUUGGAGGUGCUGCAGCGCGACGGCGACAUCCUGCACGCGCUGCUGCGGCGCACGGCGCCGGCGGUGCACCGGCACCUCGCCAAGCACCGCGUGGAGCCCGUGCUGUACGCCACCGAGUGGUUCCUGUGCGCGCUCACCCGCACGCUGCCCUGGGACAGCCUGCUGCGCGUCUGGGACUGCUUCCUGUGCGAGGGCGUCAAGGUAUUGUUCAAAGCGGCGCUUGUGAUCCUGGCGGGUGCCCUAGGUCCGGCGAAAGUCCGCAAACGAGCGAACGGCCUCUGCGAAACGCUGGAAGUGCUCCGCCACCCCCCGGAGAGCAUCCUGGGGGAGGAGUACCUGAUGUACCACAUGCAGAGACUCAACCUCACCGAGGAGGACUUCGAGUUCGAGCACCAGCGGCAGACCGCGCGGAGGAGAGCCAUGGCCAAUAGAAGUGGCAGCUGAUUCAGCGAGUGUUCCUACAAGCGUUAUUCCAAGAAUAACGCUAGGGACAUAUUCCACACUCUGUGAGCGACUGCCACAAUGGACCUUAUGUACUAUGUGAUAAGUGCGAUUAUAGCGUGCCGACGACCAAACGAAUUGACUUGUGUGCGUGAACCGUGUAUAUAUACUAGUUUUGUAUGUGCGUACAAUAAUUGAACUUUCGUCAUCAUAAAAAUAUCUCUAUUUGAUAAAGAUAACUGAUUUUUUAAAUGUUGUUUUGUCUCUUUUACUCUCAAGUCAUUUAGCGUACUGAAAGGAGACAAAACAUUGUUCAAGGAUCAAUAAGCGUUUUGUUUCUUUUAAUCUCGAAAGAUAGAAAACAAGGAUUAAACAUGAAGAUCAUUUCUAUAAUAAUGAAGUGGUAUUUUUGAUUAUUAUAAUAUGUACAAAUCAAAUUCAACAAUAUUGUUUGUACAAAUUCCAACUUCAAUUAAAUAUUAUAUGGGAUUUAAAUCGAGUAAAUGUGUUGUUUAUCCAAUAACCUUAAUAAUUCUAUUAGUAACUGCCACUUCUGUUGCAAAUAGAUAUUCCUAUCUUUCUUUCAUUUAUAUAGAAAGUGGGUUAUUAAAUAGUCGAAGUUUUGUAUUAUUAAGUAUAUGGUACGGUAUGCCUCAUGCAAAGUAUUAUUGUUAUUUUUAAAAUAUGUUUAUAGUUUACUUGACCUUCUAAGAUACAGACACAUAUUUCAAACGUUUUUUAAAUAAGGCAUAGCGCAUUAUUACAUUAUACAAAUUUUGUCUGUAAGUAGCUGGAUAAAGUCAUAGCUCUUAAAGGCCCCAAUUAAAAACCAUGUCAUUUUUUUUUCAACCGAAGGAGGAAAAAACGAAGGAGGUUCUAUAUUCUUUUGGCCUUGUAAUUAGAUAAAGGAAUAAUAGAAUUGGAGAAUUGUUGCCCAUUUUCGAAUUUGGAGUGGAACCUCCCCCCUGCAUAGGGAGGCUGGUGACCUUUUCUUGUAGAAAAUAUUUAUUUUAUACUUCACAAAUGUUUGAAAUAUGUAUAUAUCGGUAUUUAAUGAAGAACGUUGGUCGAUUAAACGCAACACUAAAAUAUUUGGCACAUUCAAUAUGCUUAUAAACACUGCCUUAUUUAAAUACAUUCCUGUUUUGAAACCGCUUUUAAAAUCCUUUUUUUUUUUUCGUAAUUAUAUUUUUGAAUGUGCUAUUAUUUUAAAAGUCUUAUUUUAGAAAUUAUAAAUUAUUCGAUUUAGACAUUUCAUUAAGAGAUUUUUUUUUAUUACGUAUGUAAAAAAUGUAAAAUAUUUUUAAUACAAUGUGAUAAGAUGUUAUUUGAUUGCAUAUCUCAUGUAAAUAAUAUUAUUUUGUCAACUAAUAUUAAGUGUUGUUAUAAAUAAAAAGUAAAAAAAAAACAAUAUAGUUAUACGAGAGUACAAGUAGAUUUAACUUUUAUGUUUAUGGGUGAAGUUGAUAUGUGGAAAUCAUAAAGGAUUUAUCUUGAUAAACAUAGAAACGAAAUGUAGUUCGAUGGAUGGUUUUUUUUUUCAUACAUGAAAUGAAAAAGUAUGUAUUUCGUGUUUUUGUGCAUCCAGUUUCAUUGAAUAAUAAAUUUUACAUAAUUGACUAUUUAGCAUGAACUGGCAGUUAAUUAUUGUACACAUACGUAUUAUUAUGUAUGUAUGUAUGCUACAAACCUACUAUGGACGAGGGAUUGAAACCAAUUUGAAGACCAAAAAUUAAUAAUGGUUGAAACCAAGUGGAGAAGAAAGGGAAUAUAAAGAAAAUGAACGAUGAUUUUUGUUCGUUGAUAUCACAACUUUCUAGUUGCAUGGUGUUGGAGCACAAAAAAAUUAACAGAUAGACAUAACUAGCCCCUUCGCCACUCUACGAUGUAAAUACCAUCUGAUGGAUCUUAUUUAAUAUUUUAUUACAACUUUACAACUUUAUUUCACAACAUUUUCCGUUUAUUUUUGAAGUGAAACUUUUAUUACAUCGUCUCAACUUUUAUGUUCUGUGUAUCGCAUGUAGUGACGGUCGGCCGUGGAACAGUCGAGGUCAAUAUGGCGGCAUCUAUAGUUACAUCAGCUGACCAUCAGUUAAAUAUAUAUUUUGUUAAAAAAAGUUUCACUCUUACCGUGAUUUCAUAAAACAACACAAUCCUUUUUGUUAUUAGUACUUCGCAUAUCAACCUCACUUAUUCAUAAAUAUUAUUUAAAUGUUUUUCCUUUUACAUAACAUUAUAUUAUGCAUUGCUCUUGGCGCACUAUCUUUUUGAUUUUUUUUUCGUUAUAAAUGUUUAUUAUCAUAAUUAUUUUAAUAGGGCUAUAAUUGUAUAUUUUAGGGAGAAAUAACGCGCAAUAAUUAUAUUAUCACUUAACGGGUCGUGUAUCUUGUAUAGACAUUUUGAAUAAAUUGGUUAAAAGCAAAGGGUUAUCGGCACAAAUUAUUGCCAUGUUUCAUACUUCAUGCAUAUAUGCAGUAUUUCUAGUAAUAUUGUUUAGGAGGAUAAUGGAGAACGCAUAGCUUCGCACAUGGAAACGUUAGAUUUUUUAUCCUGGUAAAAAGUUAUUCACGAUAUUUUAAGUUUUUAAUUUAUUAUUGUGAGUGAAUAUUUUGAUUCAUGAAGAGGAUUUUUUUUGUUUUUAUAACUGUCCUAUUUAAGCAUAUAUGCAUUUGGCGUAGAAUGGAGUUAUGCAUCUUUAUGAAGAAUCUUAUAUAAGUUUUAUUAACAAUGAGCGGUGUACGGGCGUCAGACUUGUUUGAUAAAUAAAGGAGAAUCAAAUUGUGAUUUUUCUUUAAAAUACGCGUUUUCAUCGGUGUGAAAUUGCAAGUAUUUAACAACUGGUCAACUUGUAUUUACUUUAGAGUCUGCACAUUUAUCGAAUUUAGGCUAUGAUUUAGUUAGAUCCCUAUUGGUGCAUAAUGUUUUUUUUUUAUUAUAUUUUUCUUUAUAUUUUAUUCGCUAGUGUUUGGAGUGUGGUGCGUUUGGAACUGUUGUUUUCUUUUUGCACUUUGUUUAAUUAUUAUUCGAUAUGUGUAGAUAUAUUCUGAUUUAAUAAAUACAUUAAUAUAGUUAGAACAGAACUGACAGACUAAAUGUUUUGUUAUGAUUUUAUACGCUUAUCAAACCAUGGAUAAUAAUUGCACAGUUUUAGAAUCAUAGUGGGGAAUUUACUUGCGUGGGACUAUGGGUUGAGGGGUCUCGCAGGGAGCUGGAAGGCGCUGAUCGUGGACGCUGAAAUUCCAUUAUUAAAACACAUUUUAGAUAAAUUAUUUAAUAUAUUUAGUAAAGUAGAACCUAAUUAAAGGCCAUGAUCAUGAUAAAUAAGAUUAUUCAUCACAAGUCAAAGUGAAAAAAUUUCCCAACUGCGAUUGUUAAAUUGUUAAACUGUGACAGAUGCGCGGUCACCCAUCAAUUCACUGACUGUAGGUAAGGUUGCUUAACUCGAUACUUUUCCUCUAUCAGGUUUCAAUGGUAUUUUCUUGUAUGUAAAUAACGGAUCAAUAAAUUCGAUUUACAAUAUCUCGAAUAAUUUGAUUGGACAGUGUAUGCAUAAUAUAUAGCAUAUAAUUACUUACAUUUUUUAUGAUUAUAAAGAAAACAAAGUUCCAUCAUAUAUGUCAUAGAUAUUUAAUUGUUUUGAGUGUUGUGAGUUUGUUUUUUGUAGAAACGGAUUUUUAUUUACUGUUAAAUAACGUGUGAUUGUCAAUAGUGUCUUAUAGUUUUCAUUAUUUUUUUAUUUAUUCUCACAUUAGUCCUGUGGUGUAUUUGCAAGGAAAUAUAUAUUUUGUUUGAAGUAAAUAUUCAUAAUCUGUAGAAAAAUGUUGAUCAUAUUUUGAUAAGUAUGCUAAAAGACCAACCAAGUUAUUUUUCAGCCCUAUUCCAUAUUAAAAGGCAUUCCGCAUUUCAGACUGGUUUACACAUAAGUUGUGACGACUGAUCAUUGAGUAUUUUUGUACUAUGACUGAAAUUCCACGUUUGCAAGUGUUGUAAAUAAAUAUUGUCAGAAAA